UAUUACCGCCCAACAAGGCCCAACUCGCAUCAAUUUCCCCCACAACCAGUGUGAGCCCUGCCGUCGAUCCCGCGGAGCGUGCCUGCUGAACUAAGCCUAGGAAAACGCCUCUAUACCCAGGUUUGGAUCCGCAGUCUCGCCGCCUAACGUCAGCCACUGCUACCGGCAGUGACUCCAAAGGCGGACGUCGGGUUUUGAGCCCCCUGCUUUUUUUACCACUGGCAGUGACUCGAGAGGCGGACGUCGGUCCAAGCAGCAACCCCGCUUUUAUCCUGUGAUUGGGACGGGAGCCGAGAUGGGGAGAGCACGGAAGGCUCGGAAAUAUGCGGAGGUGAAACGGCUGAUCAGCCCCAAGGAGAUAAAGCAGUACCGCAAGGAUGUGCUGGACCCCAAGAAAGCAGACUCCGAGAAGGAGAAACUUCCUCGAAAUGUCCCCAACGUGUCGUCGGCGCUCUUCUUCAAGCACAACACGGCGCUGGGCCCGCCGUACCAGGUGCUGGUGGACACCAACUUCAUCAACUUCUCCAUCUCCAACAAGCUGGACCUGGAGAAGGCCAUGAUGGACUGCCUCUACGCCAAAUGCACGCCCUGCAUAACGGACUGUGUGUUGGCGGAGCUUGAGAAGCUCGGCCAGAUGUACCGGGUGGCCCUCAGAAUAGCCAAGUCGCCGUCGUUCCUUCGGCUGCCGUGCAGCCAUGCCGGCACCUAUGCAGAUGACUGCCUCGUGCAGCGAGUCACUCAGCACAAGUGCUACAUUGUGGCCACAUGCGAUCGUGACCUCAAGCGACGCAUCCGCAAGGUGCCGGGCGUGCCCAUCAUGUACAUAACACAGCGCAAGUACUCCAUAGAGCGCAUGCCAGAGGCCACCAUUGGUGGAGCUCCUCGCAUGUAGUCCCUCACACGUCUUGAUCCCACUUCCUUGCCAACAUCUCGGCACCACCACCAGCACCAACACCAGCAGCAGCUGCAGCAGCAGCAGCAGCAGCAGCACCACCACCACCAGCAACACCACCAGCACCAGCAGGAGCAGCACCAGCAGCAGCAGCAGCACCACCACCACCAGCAGGAGCAGCACCACCAGCAGCACCACCAGCAGCACCAGCAGCACCACCAGCACCACCAGCACCACCACCACCAGCACUACGACCACCACUAGCACGCUGGUGUGUCUGGCUGCACCCUUUUUCUUGAGGCGCCUGAGAACGUGUGGACCUUCUAGACUUCGUGCCACACAGCCAUGGGUGGCAGGUGCCAUGGUUGGCGGGUGCUGCCUCCUAGCGUUUCUCCAUCCCCACGAAUGUCGCCUUGCAGCAAAGGUGGCAGGCAGGCAGACCCUGUCUGUGGUGUCAUGCUCAGUGUAACGAGUGACUGCCUUUGUGGGUGGUUGCGCUUGUGAGGAGGAAAACCAGCAGUCUACAUGUACAGCAGUCUUGUGGAGUCUCCUUCUCAUGCCUUAGUUUCGGGUAGAGGUAGAUAUUUUUGUUUCAUGAAGGUUUCCAACGUGACGGGAAUUACACAUGAGUGGUAUUAGAGUCACGAAUAUAGGUACGAAUUGUCAUUGCUACCUACCCAUAGAGAGUGCUCGACAUUUCUUGGCGUUCGUUAGUUUUGUGAUAGUAUCUGAUAGCGAGGCCGCUGUUACCGAGUGCUCAUACAAUC